GUCUGACAAUUACAAGUUCGAGGCAACGCCCUUCGACAGCAUCGCAAACCUCGCAGAGCAGGUGGCAGUCCGAUUGCGCUGCAAAGCCGCAUCGCUGGUGAUCACCUUGGAUGGGAAUCCUUUGCCAAAGGAAGCCAGCCUCAGUUCUCUUGGGAUCACAGCAGGCUCGCAGCUUGACUUCAAGGAAGCGGCCCCUAAAGGCAGGAAGCGCAGAAAGGCCAAAAGCCUCCAACAAUCUCAGCAGGGUACCAAGAUCCAAAAGAGAGUGCAGCGGCGGGUCUCCCAUGUCCUUGUGAAAACGUUGACUGGCAAGACCAUCAUUGUGCGUGAGAUCGGCGCUUGCACUACAGUGGAGGAGCUGAAGCAGAGGAUUGAGGAGAGGGAAGGCAUCCCUCCCGACCAGCAGCGGGUGGUCUUCUCAGGGAAGCAGUUGGAAGAUGGCUGCACGCUCGCAGACUAUGACAUUCCAGAGGCCGCCGUCAUGCAUCUGGUCCUGCGGCUCCGUGGCGGCAUGUACGAUCCAAUCUCUGGUCGCGAAGGCUUCAAGGUGCUCUCCGAUGAGAUCGUCUUCGACAACGGAAGUACAUUGACCUUCGAUGGGAGCUCAGAAAGCCUUGAAUGCUUCGGCCAGAGCUUCGCCUCCAAGGCUGAGAUGCUUUCCUUCCUGGAGGAGCACCGCAUCGAGGCCCUUUUGAAGCGCUUGCAGGAGGUCCAGAGCCGAUCCGAAAGAGUCGAGAAAGAGGCGCAAGAAUGGAUGGCCAAGGCGGUCUCGGCGGGCGACGCCUGA